UAAUUGCCAAUUGGAAAUUUUAAUAACACUAAAUAGUCAUAGCAAUAUUGAAUUUUGUUUUCCGUGUUAAUAAUUGUUCAUACCAUAGUAUUUUACAUUACAUUUUACUGAAAUAAUUUACAGUUGACACACAUAGUUUUCAUUGUUUUACAUUUAUUUAUUGCUCUAUUGUCUGGUGAUUUCUUGUAAUAUUUUGAUCCUUAAACUUAGAAACUCAUACAAAUGUCUUCGGAAAAUAUAAAUAGUAUUCCGUCUAAUGAAGAACUUAUAAACGAACUAACCAGAGAUUUGAGGGAUUCUGCCAUCAAAUUGGAAGACGAUCAGUUGUCUCAUGGCGAUAACGGCUCACUUGGCAAUCACUCUGAUACUGAAUCAGUAGAAGCACAAGUUGGCACCGACCCCGAGGUUAGAGAUGUUGACUUCAUUGAUGACGAGUUAUUGAAAACAAAAUACGCAGAAUUGAAUGAUGAAGAAAAACGAGAGUUAUUACAAAAAGCUCUUGGUCUAAAAUCUGAAGGCAAUAUUAAAUUUAAAGCGGAAGAACAUGAAGAAGCAUGCAAAUUAUAUACUGAAGCGUUACAAACGUGCCCAAUUAUGUUUCCAAAUCAUAGAGCAAUAUUAUUUGCCAACAGAGCUGCUGCUAAACUCAAUAUUAAUAUAGAAAGUGCAAUUCAAGAUUGUACUAGAGCAAUAGAAUUAGACCCAAGUUAUUUAAAAGCAUAUAUAAGGAGGUCUAAAUUAUAUGAACGUAACGAUAAACUUGAUGAAGCAUUAGAAGAUUUAAAAAAAGUGAUUGAAGUCGAUAAGUAUUAUGGGGAAGCUGCAUAUCACGCCACAAUAUUGCAAGAAAAAAUCAACGAACGUAAUGAAAAAUUAAAAACGGAAAUGAUGUCUAAACUAAAAGAUUUAGGAAAUAUGGUACUGAAACCGUUUGGAUUAUCAACUCAAAACUUUCAGGUGAAUCAAGACCCAAAUACAGGAGGAUACUCAAUCAACUUUAAACAGUGAUUUUUUAAUAUUAUGUUACAUUUCUAUUGUUAAAUUGUCAACAAAAAAAUGUUUUGUUUUGUAUAAUAUUUAAUGAAAAAAUAAAUUAAUUUACUAUUUGGUAAUAAAAACACAUUUUUAUUCAAUUAACAUUUUAUUGACUAAUAAAGGGGUUUUCAUUGAUACAAAAUAAAAAUAAAUAAAUAAAUGCAAUUUUUGGUAUGUUGGUCAAACAAGAUAAACAAAAAAAAAAAAUUAGUAUUAAAUUUAACACUAUUUUAGUAU